AUGGGGGUACAAAGGAAACCCCAGAAAAGUUUGAUGGAGCUGAUAGGAGGUCAACAGGGAAAGUCUGCACCUGCCCAAACAGUAUCAUCCCAGGUUUUACCUCUUCCAGCCAGGUCUCCUCCUCCAGUCCCUCGCCACCCUCCUCGAUCCUCUCCGCAAUCAGCACCGCCCAGUACUGCCGAGCAAGAGAAGCGUAGAGAACAGAAGGGUAAGGGGGUAGCAGCUGCGAGCAAAUCCCGUCCCACUCAAGAGGAGGAUGUCCAGCGAGCUGCAAAGCAGCAAGAAAACCAGGAUCUAGCCGUCGCAAGGAAAAAGCUACAGGCCGAGGAAGAAGCUCGCAAGAGUGCCGAAUCGACCUCAGAAGGCUACCAGAAGCAGGCCGAGGAACAAGCCAAGCUUCUGCGCGAGGCGAAAGCCGAGCUAAAGAAGACUCAGGAGCAAGUUCUUGUUCUUAAAAAGCAUCUAGAGGAGACUCAGAAAUUAAGGGAGAAAGCCGAAAAGCUUAAAGAACAAGCCGAGAAUGAAAAAAUCGAGUCUGAGAAGCCAGAGAACGUGUAUUACCCCGAGGCGAUACGCUCCUCAGCUCCUCAACCACACCAGGCUGAUACUCCAGCCCCGGCUAUUAACCCUAGCGAGGAAGUUUUACCUCGCAAUUCCCCUCCAGGAGCUUCUCCAAACAAAUCCACCACUGCUUCGAAGCCAAAUACGGUCUCCCAGGGUUUUCAACAAGAAUUGGACUCCACAGUUCAAUCAACUGGGGGCAUUAUCAAUUAA